ACAACUGAUCCGCAAAUAUAUCAUCCACACAUAACGCCUGCCGAAGCCGAACCAUUCGCCCGAACAUUCCUCAUUAAUUCGACACUCAUCCUGGUGCCCAACAUGAUGACCAUCAUCCUUGACGAGAACUACGGCUAUGUCUUGCUCGCGGCAACGAGUACUUGCCUGCUCAAUACCGUCCACACUCUCAAUACAGGCCAUUUCCGGCGCGCAGCUGGUGUCGAGUAUCCCGCCGCCUAUGCCCCACCCACACGUACCGACAAACUUGCUCUACGUUUCAAUUCGGCUCAACGUGCGCAUGCAACCUACACUGAGAACCACCCGAGCAUGGUAGUGGCCCUAUUAAUUUCUGGCUUACGAUUUCCCCUUACAGCUGCUGCGCUGGGCCUAGGCUGGACCUUGAGCCGCUGGAUGUACAUGUCAGGUUACAGCCGAGGCGAUGAGGCUGGUAAGGGACGAUAUCGUGGUAUUCAAUUUUUCCUAUUCCAAUUUGCACUCAUGGGUAUGGCGGGCUACGUGAGCCUGGCCCUGACCAUGGGUUGGUGA